AUGGACCGCGCGGCUCUGGCCGGGCGUGAGGCGGAGGUGGUGCCCGAGGAGGACGACGCAGCGCUGCUGGCCGCGCUGCGCGCGCAGAUGGUGGCGGACCCGCGCGCCGCGGCGGGGCUGCUGGGCGCCACCAACCCGCUGCUGCGCUACGUGGCCGACGCCGCGCCGCAGGCCGGCGAGCAGGCCAUGCGGUCGGGGCGGGAGCCGGGCGCCAGCGGCGCGGGAGACACGGCGGAGGAGGCGCGCCUGCGCGCCGCCGCCGGCGCGGCCAUGGGCGACCUGGGCACCUCGGGCGACGCGCCCUUUGGUGGCGAGGUGGCGCUGGAGAGCCAGGCGUACUGGUGGCACGAGAAGUACCGCCCGCGCCGGCCCAAGUACUUCAAUCGCGUGCACACGGGGUACGAGUGGAACAAGUACAACCAGACGCAUUACGAUGGUGACAACCCGCCGCCCAAGAGCGUGCAGGGCUACAAGUUCAACAUCUUCUACCCGGACCUCAUCGACAAGUCCAAGUCGCCGGUGUACAAGAUCGAGAAGGACCCCAACGCCGUGGCGGGGGAGACCUGCAUCCUGCGCUUCACAGCGGGUCCGCCGUACGAGGACAUCGCCUUCCGAAUCGUCAACAAGGACUGGGAGUACAAUCACAAGAAAGGCUUCAAGUCCGUCUUCGACCGCGGCAUCCUGCACGUCUACUUCAACUUCAGGAGGCAGCGCUACAGGCGAUGA